GCCAGUCCCGAGACCCAUGCCGUUUGUUCCGUGGCUUCCAAUGACUAAUCACCAUCUCACUCCAGUAUCUCUCCCUCUUCCUCAACUAUAAAUUUGCAACCCCAAACCAUAAAUUCCCCACACCAACUCAGCCCUAUCCAAUCUCCAUUUUCUAGGGUUGCCAAGUCUAUUGCGCACCACCACUAACCAACAUGGAGCUCAAGAUCAUGAUAUGCUUAUUGUUCAUCUCAUUAUGUUUGAUCCAUCCCUCCGCCUCUGCCCCUGCCCUGAAUUAUGCUGAUGCUCUCGAGAAGUCGAUCCUCUUCUUCGAGGGGCAGCGGUCGGGGAAACUACCCGCCAACCAGCGCCUAACAUGGAGAGGGCACUCCGGCUUGUCCGACGGCUCCACCUACCAUGUGGACUUGGUUGGUGGCUACUACGACGCCGGCGACAAUGUGAAGUUUGGCUUGCCCAUGGCAUUCACCACCACAAUGCUGGCAUGGAGUGUGAUCGAGUUCGGGAACCGGAUGGCUGGACAAAUUAACUAUGCCAGGGAUGCAGUCCGUUGGGGCACAGAUUACCUCCUUAAAGCAGCCACUGCAGCUCCUGACACUCUAUAUGUUCAGGUCGCGGACCCGAACCAGGAUCAUCACUGCUGGGAGAGGCCCGAAGACAUGGACACGCCUCGCAAUGUGUACAAGGUAACAAGCCAGAAUCCUGGUUCAGAUGUCGCAUCGGAGACUGCUGCAGCAUUGGCUGCAGCUUCCAUUGUUUUCAGACGCACCGACCCUGCUUACUCUGCCAAGUUGCUUCAAACUGCUAUGAAAGUCUUUGAUUUUGCCAAUCGGUACAGGGGAAAGUACAGUGAUUCUCUUAGCUCGGUUGUCUGCCCAUUCUACUGCUCCUACUCCGGUUAUGAUGAUGAGCUCCUGUGGGGAGCAUCAUGGCUUUAUCUGGCUUCAAGGAAUGCUUCAUACCUGUCAUACGUAAGUUCGAAUGGCUAUACUUUAGGAGCGGGAGAUGAUACAUACUCUUUCAGUUGGGAUGACAAGCGUCCCGGCACCAAAGUUCUUCUGUCUCAGGGCUUCCUGCGAAACAAGAUUCAACAGCUAGAGCUGUACAAGGUUCAUUCAGACAACUACAUUUGCUCUCUGGUCCCAGGAGCAAAUGGUUUCCAAGCCCAAUAUACUCCAGGGGGGCUGCUCUACAAGGAAGGAGAUAGCAACCUGCAGUAUGUUACAUCUGCUACUUUUCUUCUUCUCACCUAUGCCACGUACCUUAACUCCGAUGGGGGAUCAGUCUCAUGUGGGGCUUCAAAGAUCACUGCCCCUCAACUUAUCUCACUAGCUAAGAAACAAGUUGAUUACAUAUUGGGCCAGAAUCCGGCAAAGAUGUCUUAUAUGGUUGGAUUCGGGGAGCGGUAUCCAUUGCAUGUUCACCAUCGUGGCUCUUCAAUUCCCUCUGUGCAUGCCCACCCGAGCCAUGUCUCUUGCAAUGACGGAUUUCAGUACUUGUAUUCAGGCUCUCCGAAUCCAAACGUCCUUGUAGGAGCUGUGCUUGGUGGCCCUGACGGCAACGAUGGCUUCUCCGAUGACCGGAACAACUACCAGCAGACCGAACCGGCUACUUACAUCAAUGCCCCGAUGGUUGGUGCUCUGGCUUUCUUUUCUGGGACACAGAAGAUGACCUGAGUAAUAUAGCACUGCUCCAAGUAGCAAAGUGGGCAUCGUAGGAUAUGCGAGGCAUGGUGAAGUGGGAUGUAAGAACCUUGGGCUCGACCGUGUGUAACAAGUAUCGGAGCAUUUCGGUUUAGCAUUUCUUUGUUGUAUGAUCACUCAAGUGGGCUAAGAUCCCUAUUAUUCUA